AUGACCAUCUACGUGCACAGAAAGAGUGGAGAUGAUAGAGUUUGGCGUGCCGGAUCCGCCAGUCCGCCGGACGGCCGGAAUUUCCAUAUCCCAGAUGUCCUCAAAAAUCGCAGCACAAGUUGGACAAAGGCGGUUUGGAUCUUCUGGUUGAGGCGUACCAGGUUACUCGACCACCUGCUUGAGCAAGUCACAUUCUUUCGCGUCCACCCCUUCGCGUUCACGUUUAUACCCCUUAUUUUCUCUGGGAUCUUUUAUGCUUCAAACGGACGUUAUCACGUCAGUUACGUGGACGCUCUCUUUCUCUGCUAUUCUGCCAUGACGGUGACCGGAUUGUCGACAGUUGACUUAUCGACUACCACGGGGUGGCAACAAGCUAUCCUAUAUUUUUUAAUGACUAUUGUGGGUACUACAAGGUUCUUCCGCACCCAUUGCGAAUAUGUUGCUGAACAACGUCGAUCACGACGAGGAAAACGAAGAUCCAUCUUCCCGACAAUUUCCUCUCCAAUCGCUGCAUUCAAACAACGACAGCCCGUUCCUGUACAAACUCUGGAUGAGGAAAGGUCAAUUCCACAAUUUGACUUCACCGGACCAACGCCUGGUGCAACACUGAAUAAUGGGCAAGGGAAUGUCCUACCACCGAUCAAUGAACAGCCUGAAGAGCCCAUCCUCUCUGACGUCCGCACCUUCUCUUCGUCACCUAGGCAAGCAAGUAUAUUGCUACCUUCACCAAUAGACGAGCGGCGUCGAUCUGAAACGUCGGUCUUUGCCACGGCCACAGGUGUCUCUCCACAAGUGGUCACAUACCACCCCAUGGUGUUGAGAGAGGGUCGACGAGCUCCUUCACGAGGGGAUACGAGGCGCACUUCUAACGGGCCUGGUUCUCCGAUGAAUCAAACAAAGUACAGGGGUCUCGGGGGAUUUCCUGGUCCCCUGGAACUCGCUGACAAAGUCAUCAAGUUUGCCGCUCCCGCUACCCAUCGCAGAUUGGAAAGAAAACUCACCAUGCCCACAAUAACAACACUAGAAGAAAAGUCUGUUCCUUGGCUGGAAUUUGACGGGCUAGUUGUUGGACGCAACUCAAACUUUCACACGGAAUCGUUGACGGAUAACCAAUUGGAGGAAAUUGGAGGGGCCGAGUAUCGUGCCUUAAGGCUUUUGAGCUACCUCGUUCCCUCCUAUUUUGUGGGUGUCCAGUUGUUGACCUUGAUGAUAUUUGGACCUUGGCUGUGCGCAACCAAGACAUAUAACAAUGUCUUCGAAUCACAACCUCAGUUGGUGCCCAAAGCUUGGUUUUCGUUGUUCCAGAUCAUGGGGGCGUACACGGGAGGUGGCCUGUCUCUAGUCGAUGCUGGAAUGGUGCCAUUUGAGAAGGCGUAUCCCAUGAUAUUUGCUUUGGGGUUCUCGAUUUUGGCCGGAAAUCAUGCAUUGGUUCGUUUCGUCUAUGAAUACAACGAUCCCAUCUUGUUCGUGCGAUCUCUACUUUCCUGCUGCUUGUGCACUAACUCCACUUCUGAAGCCUUCGCUUCGUCAUUUCCUGACAAAUCCCAGCUGGAUAUCGGUCUUCCUGCAUAUGAUAGCAUACCAGUCGGACCUCGAGUCAUCGCAGGUUUGUUCCAAGGUCUGGCAGUUCGUGCAUCGGGUUUCUCGAUCGUUCCAAUCGCAUCUCUUGCUCCUUCCCUGCAAUUCCUAUACGUUGUAAUGAUGUACAUCGCCGUGUAUCCUGAUAUCGCCUUUCCUGAAUGUCUUAAACGCAACCAUAGAUACGAGGAGCAGUCUCUUGGGGUGUUCGAAAGGCCACCUGAUCAGGAAGAUGAGGAACCAAAUGAUCUGGGCAAACUCGAAACCCGACGCGAACGGGUCGGUCGGUAUGUCGGAUGGCAUCUGCGCCGACAGAUGUCUAUUGAUAUCUGGUGGCUUGUGUGGGGAGUCUUCCUCGUUGCCAUCAUCGAAAGGAACAAUCUCCUGGACGAAUCUAAGAAAUGGUUUGACAUCUUCCGAAUACUUUUCGAGCUUGUCUCAGCAUUCGGAGGUAUCGGCCUCAGUCUCGGUUUCCCAGAUGAUAAUUUCGCGUUCUCGGGAACCCUGCGCCCUUUAUCAAAACUUGUUGUCAUUGUGAUCAUGUUACGAGGCAGGCAUAGAGGUUUGCCCGUCGCUGUCGAUCGUGCUGUCCUCCUUCCCGACGAACUCGUGGUUCAUCAUGGCCAUGAUGAAUAUGGCGACGAGAAGGCUAUCACUUCAAAUCCUUCCAUUCCGACGCGACCGGGUAAUUAA